AUGUUCCUACUCGCCCUCUUUGCAACCUUGGUUGUCAUACCACGAGUUCUCGCCGCGCCCUCGUCAGAGCGUCCAUGCGGAAAUUCGACCGCAAAGCAGAGUCACCGUAGCCUUCUGUACGUAACAAACUGGGGGAUUUAUGGCGCAGGAUAUAACCCGGAUAAUAUACCGGUGAAGGAUGUUUCCCAUGUACUCUACGCAUUCGCGGAUAUCCAACCAAACGGUACUGUGGCUUCCUCUGAUCCAUGGGCAGACAUAGGAAAGCCAUUCGACAACGACAGCAUUAAAGAGCCCAGUCACAAUGCGUACGGGCUGGUCAAGCAGCUGUACAUCAAGAAAAUGGCCAACCGCAACAUGAAGGUUGUCCUAUCCAUCGGCGGAUACAAUUGGUCCCCAAAGUUUCUGGCAGUUGCCGCCAGCGAUACUUGUAGAGCCAAUUUCGUCUCUUCUGUUGUCAAGCUGGUAGCCGACUGGCUAACAUUGGUAUGGAAGGGUGUGGAUGGCGUGGACCUCGAUUGGGAAUAUCCUAAUACUAUGGAGACGAACACUAAUUGUGUAAAGAUGCUUACCGAACUCCGCCAAGGCUUGGAUGACUACUCUGCAAAGUACACUAAUGGAUAUCACUUUACACUGAGCUUUCCAGCGCCAGCUGGGCCGCAAAACUACCGGGCAUUUGACUUUAAGGCGAUGGACAAGUCUCUCGACUUUUGGUCGUUAAUGGCCUUCGAUUUCAUAGGUCCCUGGGAGAAUACCACUGGCCACCAGUCUAAUGUCUAUCGUAGCAGGCCAAAUCCUCUAAGCACGAAAGCCAGCAUCGAACGAGCAAUUGACGACUAUGUCAAAGAAGGCAUAUCACCUGGGAAGAUCAAUCUUGGCAUGCCACUGUCCGGGCGGGCGUUCAGCAACACUCAAGGCCUUGGGAAGCCAUAUUACGGCCAACCCAACGGCAAUCGUGGCCAGCCUGGUAUCUGGCUUUAUAAAGGUCUUCCUCGACCGGGAGCCAAGGUUUACUGGGACAACGUGGCCAAGGCAACAUAUUCAUACGACAACGCCACUCUACAGCUGGUGUCGUUCGAUAACAUGAAGAGUGCGAAGUACAAGCAGGAGUAUAUCAAGAAGAAAAAACUUGGAGGUGCCAUGUUCUGGGAGGCUACAGGCGACAAACCAGGUCAUCAAAGCAUCGUUCACAGUAUGGCAACUAGUAUGGGAACGCUUGAGAAAUCAAAGAAUUUGCUCUCCUAUCCGAUUUCUCAGUACAAAAAUAUUCGCAAUGGAAUGAUGAGUAACAUUACUUCGUUUUCAGAGACAAAACGGAGUGCUUAG